AUGGCGCGAUCGAUCGGCAGGGGCGGCGCCAGGCCGAUCGAAGAGCCGCUGGAGGCUGCGAUCGAUCGCAUUUGCAGCAGCAGUGAGGCGGGCAGCACCGCAAUCUAUAUCCCGCUGCUCCGGCGCUGCCUGGAGCAGCGCGCGCUGCCCCAGGGCAGGCGAUUGCACGCGCACCUCCUGGAAUCCGGAUUCCUCGAGCGCAGCGCCGCCGAUCCCAUCGUCGCCAGCUACCUGGUGAAGAUGUAUGGCAGAUGCGGCAGCGUGGCGGAUGCCGAGGCGGCAUUCCGCGCCUGCGAUCCAGUGCGCACGCCCUACACCUGGAACAACAUGCUCUCGGCGUACCUGGGCAACCAUCUCCCGCGCGAGGCGCUGGAGAUCGGCAAGAGCAUGGAUCUCGAGGGCGUUCCCAGGAGCGCCUCCAAUCUGGUAAGCUCCAUCUCUGCCUGCGCUCGCCUUGGCUCAGCGUUUCUUUCGCAAGGCAGGGAACUCCACGAGCGCUACCGCCAGUGGUGGCGGCGGGGAGGCGGAGGAGAGGUGGCGGUGGCGGGCGAGGAGGACGAUCUGGUGGCCACCGCGCUGGUGGACAUGUAUUCAAAGUGUGGGAGCUUGGACGAUGCUAGGCGCGUCUUCGACGACUACUCGGUGGAUUCCAAGAGGAUGGCGCUGUGGACGGCCAUGGUCUCCGGGUAUGCGCUCCAUGGGCAUAGCCGCCAAGCGCUCGAGCUCUACCAGCGCUUUCUCUCCGUAUCCAGCGAGCCCCCGGACACUGUGAUGCUGCUCAGUGCCAUCACCGCCUGCUCCAGCGCAGAGUUUCUCGACGAUGGGAGAGCCAUCCACGCGCAAAUCUCUUCCCGGGAACUGGAUCACCACACCCACCUGGGGAACGGGCUUGUCAACAUGUAUGGGCGAUGCAAGGAGCUCCACAGGGCGCGGAAAGCCUUCGAGAAGAUCACUGCCAAGAACUUGGUGUCGUGGAACGUGAUCAUCGGGGCGUAUGCCCAGGAGGGGCAUCGCGGCCACGCCAUGGAGCUCUUCCAGCGGAUGGAUCCCGAGGGGGUCGCGGCCGACGCCGUCACCUUUCUCCACGUCCUCGACGCUUGCGGCGGCGUGGAGGCGGCGGGGGACGUCCGGAGGAUCCACAAGAAGCUGGAGCUCUCGGGCUUGGAGUGGGACGUGUUCGUCGCCUCGUCGCUCGUCAACGCCUAUGGGAAGUGCGGCUGCCUCGCCGAGGCGAAGAGGGUCUUCGACGCCAUGCCGCUCAAGAACACGGUGACCAUGACGUCGAUGCUCGCGGCCUACGCACAGCACGGCCUCGGCGAGGAAGCUCUUGAGAUCUACAGGGAGAUGGAGUCGCAGGGGAGGAAGGCCGACCGGGUGACUUUCAUCAGUGCUCUCGACGCUUGCUCCAGCAUCGGGGCUCUCAGCCAGGGACGAGCGAUCCACAGCCGGCUGCUCGUGAGUGGGAUCAUCCAGCAGCCAGACGUGGUGCUGGGGACGGCGCUGCUCAACAUGUAUGGGAGGUGUGGAGUGCUCGGCGCUGCAAAGUCGCUCUUUGAUGGGAUGGCGGACAAGAACACAAUCACUUGGAACGCGCUCAUGGGGUCGUAUGCUCAGUGGGGGUAUGGCAAGGAGGCGCUCAACCUCUACCACUCCAUGGACGCGCAGCCAAACUCUCUGACGUUCCUGGCGGUGCUCACGGCUUGCUCGACGGUGGGAGCGCUGCUCCAGGGCCGAGCUGCGCACGCAAGGCUGGCUCCGGCCGGGUUUGAGAAGGAGGUGGAGGUCGGGGUCGCGCUGGUAAACAUGUAUGGCAAGUGUGGCAGCCUCGAGGACGCGCUGGGAACGUUUGCGAAGCUGGAGAGGAAGACGGUGGUGACUUGGACGGUGGCAAUGCUGGCGCUGGCUCACCACGGCGAGUUUCGAGAGACGCUGCGGUUGUUCACGGAGAUGGAGCUGGAAGGGGUGGCGCCGGACAGUGUCGCGCUGCUGGCGGCGCUCUUCGCUUGCAGUCACAGUGGAAAACUCAAGGAAGGGAGGAGCUACUUCACCAACAUGAUCCAGGACUACGGCGUGAGUCCGACGCUGGCGCACUACGACUGCGUGGUGGAUCUGCUGUGCCGGACGGGGCUGCUGGGCCGGGCCGAGGAGCUCAUCGACAGCAUGCCGUUCGAGCCGAGCGCCGUGACUUGGACGACGCUCCUGGCGGCGUGCCGGACUCACUCGACCCUCUACGACAAGGCAAAGGUGGCGGCGGACAAGGCGCUAGAAACGGAGCCUCACAACGCCGGGAUCUACUUCGCGCUCUCGUACAUGUACUCGGGCGUCCGGACUUACAGGCAGGAGCGGCUCAACGUCUCGGACAAGCUCAACUCGAUCCAGCGCCAGGUCGGGCGGUGCUUCAUCGAGACGAGGGACCAGAUCCACGAGAUCGUGGCGGGGGAGACGGCGGCGCAUCCUUACGCGGCCGCCGUUGACGAGGAGCUCCACCGGCUAAACAUCGAGCUGACCAUCGAGCGGGGAUGCAAGGUGGAGGAGAAGAACCACAGCGCCAAGAGGGCCGUGGUGCUGGGGCUGGUGAGCACGCUGCCCGGCACCACCAUCCGAGUGGUCAAGAACCUCAAGCUGUGCGCCGACUGCCACCACGCGAUCAAGCUCUUCUCCAAGAUCCGCGGCAGGAGGAUAAUCGUAAGGGACUACGUUGAGUUCCACCACAUCGAGAAGGGCGUGUGCUCGUGCGACGGAAGGAAGCCGGCGCUCGGCCUGGGGCUGGAUUGCUUGGUCGCUCCUCCGACUCACAUACCGGGAACUCUUUGGUGA